AAUUGAGCGUGUGCUGGGAGACCAAUCACUUGUGACUUGAACAUAUCCUACUCCCUUAAAGCAGGAAAAUAAAGAUGGGGAGAUCCCCAUGUUGUGAUGAGAAUGGCCUGAAGAAGGGGCCCUGGACCCCUGAAGAAGACCAGAAACUCAUCCAAUACAUCCAAAAGCAUGGACAUGGCAGCUGGAGAGCCCUCCCUAAGCUUGCUGGACUCAAUAGAUGUGGCAAGAGUUGCAGGCUCAGAUGGACGAACUACCUAAGGCCGGACAUCAAGAGAGGGAAGUUCUCAUCCGAGGAAGAGCAGACCAUUCUGCAUCUUCACUCGAUCCUCGGAAACAAAUGGUCGGCAAUCGCAACGCAUCUUCCAGGUCGCACUGAUAACGAGAUAAAGAACUUCUGGAACACUCAUCUAAAGAAGAAAUUGAUCCAUAUGGGCAUCGACCCAGUGACGCACCGGCCUCGGACCGACCUUUUCGCUACCCUACCCCAACUCAUGGCGCUUGCAAGCCUUAAAGAUCUUAUGGACCACCAAACUUUGGACGACUACACUGCGCGAUUACGAUCGGAUGUGGCUCAAUUGGCAAAGCUCCAGUGCUUCAAUUACCUUCUCCAAUCUUCACCUGCAAUAAAUACUAGUUCAAUCACCAACAUGGAGCCUAUGAUGAGCUUAUUUAGCUCAGCAGUCCCUACAAUUACUAGUAUUCCACCUCCGUGUGCUUUUCCUGUCGCUAAUGCUGAUACGCAGUUUCAUCAUUUACCAGAGAUAUCAUGCAGCCUAGAUCAACCGCUCGGAACAUAUAAUAAUAAUAAACAUGAUACGAGCUUUCUUACGCUAAGUAAUGAGAAUAAUAGCGCCGGAUUGGAAACGGUAUCUCCUCUUAUCAGCACUUCGACUAGCAAUAUAGAUGCUUGUAGCUCUUCUAGCUAUGAGAAGAAUGUGGGCUCCUCCUUCUGGCCUGAGAUGUUGGUUGAGGACCCUUUUAUUGCGGAGUUUGCUUAGUAUUACGAUGCUCUCUUUUAUCCAUGUCAUUUGAUUGAACACUCUUGUAAGGGAUACAAAAGAAGUCCACACUUCUAUUGUAGUGUUGUUAGUGCUCACCUUGUAUGUACAAAGACAAUGUUGGUUUAUGAACGUGUUUGUAUGUUAAUUUUACUAUUCAGUGGAUGAUUUUCGAUGUA